UAUAAUAUACCGUAAUAUGACUUGUGUCAAAGGAUACAAACUGAAACCACCGAAGAAGCACCGCGGUGUACCUUUCCGGUCUCACCCGGAUUCAUAACAAUAGCUGGAAACGGCUAACGAGCUAACGGUGAUUCAGGCUGCUACUUCUGUCUGUUAAUCACGGUUACGGCCCGUUUACCGCAGCGGGGCUUUUUAACAGUGGCAGGACGGUACGAUAGCUGGACUGCUCCCGUAGCUAACGCACAGAGAGACGACAUGAAGACGGUUACUCUGAAGUUUGUCACCGUGAGCAGCCGUUAGCAGCAUCGCUGGAAACCGUCGGCUGCUCGCUAGCCUGCUACAGCAUCAGCAGUCCUGAGUCAGGAGCGACAUUAGCUGCUGACGUGUUUUGAGGCGUGAUGGGGAAUCAGCUGGCGGGGAUCGCCCCCUCGCAGAUCCUGUCUGUGGACAGCUACUUCUCAGACAUUCACGACCACGAGUAUGAUAAGAGUCUGGGCAGCACUCGCUUCUUCAAGGUGGCCCGGGCCAAACACCGGGAGGGCCUGGUGGUGGUCAAAGUCUUUGCCAUCCAGGACCCUUCGCUGCCUCUGACCAGCUACAAACAGGAGCUGGAGGAGCUGAAGAUCAGACUGCACUCCUGCCAGAACUGCCUACCCUUCCAGAAAACCUCCCUGACUGAGAAAGCCGCCAUCUUGUUCCGUCAGUACGUCCGGGACAACCUGUACGACCGCAUAAGCACUCGGCCAUUCCUCAACAAUGUGGAGAAGCGUUGGCUGGCCUUUCAGAUCCUCAACGCUGUCGACCAGGCCCACAAAGCCGGCGUCCGCCACGGCGACAUCAAGACGGAGAACGUGAUGGUGACCAGCUGGAACUGGGUGCUGCUCACAGACUUCGCCAGCUUCAAGCCCACAUACCUGCCGGAGGACAACCCCGCCGACUUCAACUACUUCUUCGACACGUCCAGACGGAGAACGUGCUACAUCGCACCAGAGAGGUUCGUGGAUGGAAGCAUGUUUACCACUGAGAGCGACCAGAAUACGCCGCUGGUGGAUCUGACCAAUAACAACCAGAGGAGCAGAGGGGAACUCAAACAGGCCAUGGACAUCUUCUCUGCAGGCUGUGUGAUAGCGGAGCUGUUCACAGAGGGCGUCCCUCUCUUCGAUCUGUCCCAGCUGCUGGCGUAUCGUAAAGGACACUUCCAGACGGAGCACGUCCUCAUGAAGAUCGAGGACCGGAGCAUCCGGGAGCUGGUAGCUCAGAUGGUGCAGAGGGAGCCAGAGAAGCGCCUGGCAGCAGAGGAGUACCUGAAGCAGCAGAGAGGGAAAGCUUUCCCCGACAUCUUCUACACCUUCCUGCAGCCGUACAUGGCUCAGUUCGCCAAAGAGACUUUCCAGUCCGCAGACGAGCGAGUUCUCGUCAUCCGCAAAGACCUCGACAACAUCCUGCACAAUCUGCGAGGAGGUGAGAGGGAGCUGAGAGGCUCUUCUUCUUCCUCUCCGUCUCAGGAAAUCAGCGAUGGCGUGCUGAGCUCCAGAGAGGAGCAGGGCCUCAUCGUCCUGGUGUCCGUCAUCACGUCCUGCCUCCAGACGCUGCACUCCUGCGACUCCAAGCUUGCAGCGUUGGAGCUCAUCCUCCACCUGGCUCCACGGCUCGGCGUUGACAUCCUGCUCGACCGUAUCACGCCCUACCUGCUGCACUUCUGCAACGACCCCGUGCCUCGCGUGCGCGCUCAGGCCGUGCGCACUCUGACUAAAGUGCUGGCGCUGGUGAAGGAGGUGCCGAGGAACGACGUCAACAUCUACCCAGAGUACAUCCUGCCAGGCAUCGCCCACCUCGCCCAGGACGACGCCACCAUCGUCAGGCUGGCAUACGCAGAGAACAUAGCUCAUCUGGCAGAGAGCGCGCUGCGUUUCCUGGAGUUGGUUCAGGAAAACAACGUGAACACAGAACAGGACCUGAGCGGUGAGGACACGGAGGAAAUACUGCACCCCAACGAAAACUACGACUCCGAGCUGCAGGCGUUGCACGAGAUGGUGCAGCAGAAGGUGGUGACGCUGCUGAGCGACUCGGAGAACAUCGUCAAACAGUCGCUGAUGGAGAACGGCAUCACGCGCCUCUGCGUCUUCUUCGGCCGGCAGAAAGCCAACGACGUGCUGCUGUCUCACAUGAUCACCUUCCUCAACGACAAGAAUGACUGGCAUCUGCGAGGAGCCUUCUUCGACAGCAUCGUGGGUGUUGCAGCGUACGUUGGCUGGCAGAGCUCCGCCAUCCUGAAGCCUCUCCUCCAGCAGGGUCUGAGCGACACAGAGGAGUUCGUCAUCUACAAAGCUCUGAACUCUCUCACCUGCAUGUGUCAGCUGGGCCUGCUACAGAAACCUCACAUCUACGAGUUCGUCAGUGACAUAGCUCCGUUCCUGUGUCACCCCAACCUGUGGAUCCGUUACGGGGCAGUGGGCUUCAUCACUGUCAUCGCACAGCACCUCAACGUGGCCGACGUCUACUGCAAACUGAUGCCCCACCUCAACCCCUUCAUCACCCAGCCCAUAAUCCAGAUUGAUAAAGAGCUGGUGCUUCUGAGUGUGCUGAAGGAGCCGGUCAGUCGCUCAAUCUUCGACUACGCCCUGCGCUCCAAAGACAUCGCCAGCCUCUUCCGCCACCUGCUGCUGCGACAGAAGAAGCGCGCAGGAUCUAUCCCAGAAUGCCCCACUCCUGAGGACCCGGCCAUCGCACAGCUCCUCAAGAAGCUGCUCUCACAGGUGAGAAAAAGAAAAACACCAAAAGAAAGCUGCCCAGCGUCCCUGCUCAUCUGCGUAAAUGUGCCUUAGGGAUGCUGCACGGAGGCAUGAGGACUGCAGAUGUUGCCAGAGCAAUACAUUGGAAUUUCUGUACUGUGAGACUCCUAAGUUGUUGAAUGUUUUUAUGUUCAUACAAAUAUUAACACGUUAAGUUUGCUGAAAAUAAUAGCAGUUUUAAGUAAGAGGAUGUUUAUUUUUUUGCUGGGGAAAAGUAUACAUACUUCAGGAACACGUUGCACUACACACUUUAUAAUUCUCCAGACACACCAUGCUCACUCCACCUCACAGUAAGAGAUCAGCCCUGUCUCAUCUAGUGUUGUUGUUUGGUGGUUUGAAUUAUUGUGACUUUGUUUUUAGCACCCUUGGCCGUAAGAAGCGACCUUUUGUUCGUUUGUAUACUCUGUAUGUGGAUAAAAGACAAUAAACAAACUGGAACUUGAA